AUGGUGCAGAGAAACCAGACGAGCGGCGCGGCGCGUGGUCGCGGGCGUCUUGGUGUCUCCGGCGGCUCGGGGGCCGCGCAGCGUCUUCGUGCUGCCUCCGGGCGCGACGCGGCAAGUGCGAGCGGGAGCAUGCAAGCCGAAACUUCCUCCGUUGCGCGGCGGCAGGACGUGAUCAGAUCCGUCAUGCCAUUCGCCGGCGUGUCUGUCAUCGCCAACGGCAAGCUGUGCCUUCCCACCACGUCGGACGUCGACGCCGGCGCGGCCAGCGGCUACCACCUGCUUGUGGUGGAGGGCUACUCGCAAACAAAAGAGAUGGUACCCAAUGGCAAGCACAUCAUGUCUCGCCCAUUCGUCGUAGGAGGCCAUCGCUGGUGCAUCAGUUACGCGCCAAACGGUGACAGCUCGCACAGUGCCGACUGUGUUUCUCUCCAUCUUGUCCUCCUUGAUGACGAUGUCGCCAAGCCCGUGAAGGUGCAGUUCGGGUUUAGUUUCAUUGAUCAGGUUGAGUGGCAAAAUCCAAUAUAUAUUCGUGAAACUCAGACACACAGCUUCUCCAGCGAUGAUUCUGUUAGGGGCUUCGAUGAUGCUGUGAGAAGAGAUGCCCUCGAACAAUCAAAGCAUCUCAAGGGUGAUAGUUUCACCAUACGGUGUGGUGUCAUGGUCUACAGGGAUCACGACACCGUGGACGCCGGUGCCACCGAGGUGCCGCUGCCUGACAUACAGCAGCAUCUGAACCAUCUCUUUGAAACCAAGGUAGGCGCUGAUGUGACGUUCAAUGUCAACGGCGAGACAAUCGCCGCACACCGGUGUGUGCUUGCAGCCCGAUCUCCGGUCUUCAUGGCACAACUCUUUGGUCCCAUGAAGGAGGGGGCUGCAACGUGUGACAUACAGAUCGAAGACAUGGAAGCAAAUGUGUUCAGGGCUUUGCUUAGUUUCAUCUACACAGACUUGUUUCCCGAGAUGGAGGAUGAUGAGGCAGAUGUUGAGGAAGGACAAGAAGCGGAUGAAGUAGUUUAUGCAACGUGGCUGCAAUGGAUGCAAGACUUGCUUGUAGCUGCGGACAGAUAUGAUAUCCAACGGCUCAAGUUUUGCUGUGAAGAGGGAUUGUCUGAGUGCAUGGAUGUGAGCUCGGUGACGUCCACACUUGCGAUAGCUGAGCAGCACCAUUGCCACGAUUUGAAGGAGGCAUGCUUGAAUUUCCUCAGAGUCCAAUCCUCCUCCAGUUUGCAAGAAGUAAUGUCAACCAGUGACUGGGAGCAUAUUACAGUCACAUAUCCCUCUGUUUUGAACGAGCUCAUUGCCAAACUUGCUGCGAAAGCGUAAUUACAUCUGAUAAUACUCCGGUCAUAGGUUGUGUGUCUUACUUUUGAUUCAUGACAUGUGGUCGUGGAAUAAAUGAUCCUGUAAAUUCAGGUAUAAGCGUCAAUAUGGUUGA